CAUGAAAAAAUAUUUUUGGAAAUUGCGAGGAACUGCACGGUGUUCAGUCAUUUGUUGUCGUGUAACACCCCUUCAAAAAGCCAAAGUUGUCGAGUUGGUAAAGCGAAAUAUUAAAGCUGUUACUUUGGCAAUUGGUGACGGUGCUAAUGAUGUUAGUAUGAUUAGAACUGCACAUAUUGGUGUUGGGAUUUCUGGCCAUGAAGGAAUGCAAGCCGUUCUCUCAUCAGAUUUUUCAAUUGGACAAUUUCGAUAUCUAGAAAGGUUGCUUCUCGUGCAUGGAAGACAGUCAUAUCUUCGAAUGUGCAAAUUUCUUCGAUAUUUUUUCUACAAGAAUUUUGCUUAUACACUUACUAAUUUUUGGUAUUCUUUCUUUUCCGGAUAUUCUGCUCAGACUGUCUAUGAUCCUGUGCUCAUUUCCCUCUAUAAUCUUCUCUUUACGGCUAUGCCUGUUUUGGCUAUGGGUAUUCUAGAUCAAGACGUAAAUGAUGAAUACAGCCUUAGAUUUCCACGUCUUUACAUUCCUGGCCAAUUCAACCUAUUUUUUAAUAUGCGAAUAUUUAUUUAUUCUGUGAUACAUGGAAUGAUAAGUUCACUUGUCCUUUUCUUCGUCCCAUAUGGAACCCUUUACAACGCUGUCAGUUUUACUGGACGUGAUAUGAAUGACUACUCAAUUUUGGCUUUUACAUCCUUCACAGCUUUAGUUUUGGUAGUUAAUGGGCAAAUUGCUUUUGAUACUUCUUAUUGGACUUGGAUUAAUUGGUUUGUUGUUCUCGGUUCUGUGGCUGUUUAUUUUGGUGUUGUUGUUACAAUAUAUCAGGUUCUCCCAACACGCUGGCUUUAUGGUUAUGUUAGCUUUAUCAAUGUGGAUGUUUUUGCUAGAGCUGUCGCCUUUCCAGGAUUUUGGCUUUCUUUAGCUUUAAUUUGUGCAAUUUUGCUUCUACCAACACUUGGAAACAGAUUUUUCUGGUUUGACGCCCACCCCUCCUAUGCUGACAGGCUUAGAGUAAGGCAUCGUUUAUAUGGAGAGGAAAAAACUGCAAAGCCUUCAACACCUGCAGCACCUCAACAUGCUUUACCCCCUAGAGGGAGAACUUCUAGAUGGAGUUCUAAACAACGGGAUUUACGUUCUGGCUAUGCUUUUUCGCAUUGUGCCGGUUUUGGGGAAUUAAUAGCAAAGGGAACACUUUUCAAAAAUUUGGAGAAUCUACGCAUUCCGUCAUUUCAACAUAAACAACAAAUCCAUCCAACAGAAACUAGCAGCAAUACAAGUGGGAAUAAUGAUAGUAGUAACAAAUCUACUCGCCGUUUUACUGUUUUUAAUGGAGGUGGAGGACAUUUGCUAGAUUCUUUCCGUAAUGCUAUUCAUCAUCCAAAACCAGAAAAUGGGAAUAAUGGUGAUUUUUUUAUUAUUUAAUAAUCACUUAUCUAAUGAUUAAUCUUUAUCUACCUAUCUGACUUAAAGUAUAGCACGAGAUCGAGGUUUUUUUUGAAAAAAAACCGAGGCCGGGGAUCGCCGAGGCUGGAAGGUCGAGGGGCAAAUUUUGGCCGGAGUUCGAGGAUUUCCAAGGUUUUUAAAAACCUCUAUAACCUUUCA